CUUCUCCUCUACCAACCUACUCAACCUCACUCGGCCCUCGCAAGCGCUCCCAGCCUGGCCCUCGCAAGCGCUUGGCUGUCAAGAGAUACCGGAUUUUCUACCUCGAACGCGAAACAAGAGACCAGGUCGCCGACAUAGAUACCGAGCCGCGCAAUCUACGCGACCAGCUUAGCCCGCCAUGUCAGAGCGCAAGGUCCUCCAGAAAUACUAUCCUCCGGACUUUGAUCCGCGAGACAUCUCCCGACGCCGCGGUCCGAAGACGAGCGGCCCGCGCAUCCAAACCGUCCGCCUCAUGGCCCCGUUCUCGAUGCGCUGCAUGACGUGCGGAGAGUUCAUAUACAAGGGCCGCAAGUUCAACUCGAGAAAGGAGACCAACCAGGAAGAAAAGUACCUCAACAUCCAAAUAUUCUUCUUCCACAUCAAAUGCACCCGUUGCAGCGCCGAGAUCACGUUCCGGACCGACCCCAAGAAUAACGACUACGCCAUGGUCAAGGGUGCCGUGCGCAACAUGGAGCCGUGGAGGAACCGGGACACGGAGGAGGAGACGAUGGAGCAGCGGCUAGACCGCCUGGAGCGGGAAGAGGCGGAGGCUGCCGGUGAGGAGGAGAAGAACGCCAUGGCCGACCUCGAGGCCAAAAAUGCCGACGCACGGCGCGAGAUGGCCGCCGCGGACGCGCUCGACGAGAUUCGACAGAGAAACGCCAGGAUAAACCGGUCAGAAAAGGAAGGCGUCGACUUUGCGGACGCAAUCGUCCGGACGGAAGAUGAGGAGCGUGCACGGGAAGAAAGGGAAGACGAGGAGGCGGCCAAGAGAGCGUUUGCCGCGGUCAGAGGGGCGGUGGCCCACGUCGACGUUGUUGAAGGGGCGGGCUCGAAGGAAGAGUCAACAGCCAAGCCGGAUGACGCGAAACCUCCCCCGCAGACAUCGAUGCCUCCGCCGGCUGGACCGCCUCCGUCUUUCAAGAGAGUGGUGAAGAAGAAGAAGGAUCAUUCGGCGCUGCUGGGCAUCAAGAAGAAGCCAUCACUCGUUUGAGAGGACACAACGUGUACAGUCACUUAUCAUCAUGCCGCUUAGACAGCCGGCUGAACAAAGUGACACUUCAAGAGUACUUGAAAUAUACGACCGUGCCACAGUUUAGAUAUGCAGAGUGGUUUGUAACAUCGUGUGUAAUUCAUCGCUGAGUGG